UCAGCAUCUUCUGAAUCAAUUUCAGCAUCUUCUGAAUCAAUUUCAGCAUCCUCUGAAUCAAUUUCACCUGAAUCACAUCUUCUGAAUCAGUUGUCACCUGAAUCAGUAUCUUCUGAAUCAGUUUCAGUAUCUCCUGAACCAAUUUCAGCAUCUUCUGAAUCAAUUUCAGCAUCUCCUGCAUCAGUGUCACCUGAAUCAGUAACUUCUGAAUCAGUUUCGGUAUCUCCUGAACCAAUUUCAGCAUCUUCUAAAUCAAUUUCAGCAUCUCCUGCAUCAGUGUCACCUGAAUCAGUAUCUUCUAAAUCAGUUUCACUAUCACCCGAAUGGGUGUCACCCGAAACAGUAUCUCCUGAAUUAAUUUCAGCAUCUUCUGAAUCAAUUUCGGCAUCUUCUGAAUCAAUUUCAGCAACUUCUGAAUCAAUUUCAGCAUCUCCUGCAUAA